CCUUCUGCAGCCCUGACUGAUCCCAUGCUUUCUCUCCCUCUGGGUGGAUCCACAGGCUCAAGGCGGCGGCGUGGACCGACCAAAUGGUGUCUGCUGCUAUUCUUUGCUAGCACCCUUGCUAGUUGGCUUCUGAUUUGGGUAUUGAAGGUUUCCCUUCGAAUCAUAUUUCCAUUUGUUAUUAUUUUAGACCUAAGCUAACCUGCCUUCAGCAAGAACACCCCCUCCACCUCUCUCUAUUUUUUCCCUCCCUUCACCUCCCUUU